CAGAGUCAUGUAGCAGGUCAGGGUGUAGUUAUAGAACCGUUGGGUAUCAGGACUAAAACGACAGGCAUCAGCAGUCUUCAGUCAGGCAGGUGAUAAAGGACGAGGCAUAAAACAAGUGAGUGAUUGAAGGAAAGAAUAAGAAACACUAUCAAUUGUCUCUCUUAAACACAGCACAGCUCUGUAGCAGGGAAUAACUCACUAAGAGUAGAAGGAUGACCUGCCACUUAUUGAGCUCCUUUGUACGGAGCCUGUCCAGGAGAAAACCUCUGGAGCCCGAGGGAGAGGAGUCCACUUUCAACCGCUGUCUGACCACCCUGGACCUGGUGGCCCUAGGGGUGGGGAGUACCCUGGGGGCAGGGGUAUACGUUCUCUCUGGAGAGGUUGCUAGGACGUCGUCAGGUCCCAGCAUCAUCAUAUCCUUCUUCAUCGCUGCCGUGGCCUCCGUCUUUGCCGGCUUGUGCUACGCUGAGUUCGGGGCCCGCGUCCCCAAAACGGGGUCUGCGUAUCUGUACAGCUAUGUGACGGUGGGAGAGCUACUGGCGUUUAUUACCGGGUGGAAUCUGUUGCUGUCCUACGUCAUUGGGACGUCCAGCGUGGCGAGGGCUUGGAGCGGAACCUUUGAUGACCUCAUCGGCAACGCCAUGGGGAACUUCUUCAAAGAAAACGUAAACAUGAACCUCCCGGGCCUCGCAGAAUACCCAGACUUCUUUGCUGCUGGACUCAUUAUGCUCCUGGCAGGUCUGCUGGCCUUCGGCGUCCAGGAAUCGGCAAUAGUCAACAAGAUCUUCACGGCCGUCAACAUCCUGGUACUUCUGUUUGUCAUUGUAGCGGGCUUCGUCAAGGGAGACAUCCGUAACUGGCAGAUCAGUCAGGAGGAGCUCAUCAACGCUACAGCAGAAUUACAGAACCUAACCUCUACAGUCAACGUGACCAGUAUGUAUGUCCUGUAUUGUGACCUCUCCAGGAACCUAAUGUCUACAGUCAACGUGACCAGUAUAUAUGUCCUGUAUUGUGACCUCUCCAGGAACCUAACCUCUACAGUCAACGUGACCAGUAUAUAUGUCCUGUAUUGUGAUCUCUCCAGGAACCUAACCUCUACAGUCAACGUGACCAGUAUAUAUGUCCUGUAUUGUGACCUCUCCAGGAACCUAACCUCUACAGUCAACGUGACCAGUAUAUAUGUCCUGUAUUGUGACCUCUCCAGGAACCUAAUGUCUACAGUCAACGUGACCAGUAUAUAUGUCCUGUAUUGUGACCUCUCCAGGAACCUAAUGUCUACAGUCAACGUGACCAGUAUAUAUGUCCUGUAUUGUGACCUCUCCAGGAACCUAACCUCUACAGUCAACGUGACCAGUAUGUAUGGGGCUGGAGGGUUCUUCCCGUACGGUUUCGACGGGACAAUCGCUGGAGCCGCUACCUGUUUCUACGCCUUCGUAGGCUUCGACUGCAUCGCCACAACAAGUGAGGAGGUAAAGAACCCUCAGAAGUCCAUCCCGCUGGGCAUCGUGGCGUCUCUCCUCAUUUGUUUCCUGGCCUACUUCGCCGUGUCGGCAGCCCUCACUCUGAUGAUGCCCUACUACCUGCUGAAUGUUAACAGCCCGCUGCCCGUGGCCUUCAUGUACAUCGGCUGGGGGCCCGCCAAGUAUGUGGUGGCUGUCGGUUCACUCUGCGCCCUCUCCACCAGUCUGUUGGGUUCCAUGUUCCCUAUGCCCCGCGUGCUGUUUGCUAUGGCCAGAGACGGUCUCCUCUUCAAGCCCCUCAGUAAGGUCAGCGCCAGACAAAGUCCUGUCAUCGCUACCAUCUCCUCCGGGGUCGUAGCAGCGAUAAUGGCCCUGGUGUUUGACCUGAAAGCAUUGGUUGACAUGAUGUCAAUUGGGACACUCUUUGCCUACACACUUGUGGCUAUAUGCAUUCUUAUACUUAGGUACCAAGAGACCCAAUCAGACGACUCAGAUCUCCAGAUCCUUGAAUCAAACACCAAGUUUGGUUGUCUCAAACCACCAUCAUUCCCAACAUCGGGCACCUCGAAAACAGUCACAGGUUUGACUGUACUGUCUGUGGUGUGUGUAUGCGGUCUGUGCAUCCUGCUGACCCAAGCGAUAGACGCUAUACAGCGGCAGGAGAUCUGGAGCAUGGUGUGUGUGUCCAUCGUAGCCUUCAUCCUCCUGGUCCUCGUCAUCGUCAUCUGGAGGCAUCCACAGAACCAAGCCAAGGCUGCUUUCAUGGUGCCCUUUCUGCCCAUGCUGCCGGUAGUUAGUGUGUUCGUCAACGUCUACCUGAUGGUCCAGUUAGGAGGAGACACCUGGAUGAGAUACGCCAUCUGGAUGGCCGUAGGGUUCCUCAUCUACUUUGGUUAUGGGAUCCGUAACAGCGUUCAGAAACAGAGGAACCAGACCAGCCAGGUAAAGAUUGAGACCAUCAGCGGUGUGAUGGAAAAGGAGGCUGUCAAAGAAGAGAAGUUCUGAGGACAACACAGGACAACACAGGACAGGACAGCACAGGACAGGACAACACAGGACAACACAGGACAACACAGGACAGGACAACACAGGACAACA